AUGACGGUCCCCGACUGGCAACUCAAGGUCCAGGUCAAGCAGGCCGAAGCCGCUGCGAAGAUCCCCAAAGCAUGGCUGCUCCCCAGCGGCAUCACCAAGGAAAUCUCCCAGAACGUCAAGCGGAACGUCAUGGACGUGCCGCGAACUUGCGGCCUGCUCACGCCCAAGGAGCUUGAAAUCACCGAGAACUACGACGCCACCGAACUCCUGCAGAAACUCGCCGCGCGCGAACUCUCCUCCGUCCAAGUCACGACCGCCUUCGCGAAGCGCGCAGCGAUCGCCCAGCAGGUGACGUUCUGCCUGACGGAGACCUUCUUUGAUAAAGCGCUGGAGCGCGCGAAAGAGCUCGAUGACCAUCUGGCUCGGACUGGAAAGACCGUCGGCCCCUUCCACGGCCUCCCCAUCAGCUUGAAGGAGACAUUCAACAUCAUCGGCGUCCCGACAUCCCUCGGUUUCGUCUCCUUCCUCGACCGCCCCGUGGCGUCUCACAAUUCGGCCCUGGUUCAGAUCCUCCUCGAAGCAGGCGCCGUUUUGUACUGUAAGACCAACGUUCCCCAGACCAUGAUGACCGGCGAUUCGCACAACAACGUGUUUGGCCGCUGCCUCAACCCUAACAGCUCCAAUCUCAGUGCGGGCGGCAGCAGUGGCGGCGAAGGCGCCUUGGUUGCCAUGAGAGGCUCUCCUUUGGGUGUUGGAACGGACAUCGCUGGCUCAAUCCGCAUUCCCGCCAUCGCCAACGGCACCUAUGGCUUCAAGCCAUCGAUCAUGAGAAUCCCAUACGCCGGACAGGGCUCCGCUAGUCGUCCAGGGCUGACCGGUAUUGCUCCCUCAGCCGGCCCAUUGACUAACACUGCCAGGGAUCUCGAGCUAUUGCUCAAGGUUGUGUUCAACUCAAGAGCCGCGGAUCUUGACGACAUGGCUCUCGGAACUCCGUGGAUCGAGCCUGCACAAAAGAAGCCCAUCCUCACAAUCGGCAUCAUCCCAGAAGAUCCAGAACUCCCACUGCACCCUCCUAUGGUGCGUACCUUGAAGCAAGCUAUACAGAAGCUGCAAGCCGCUGGCCACAAGAUCGUCGACCUGACGGGCAAAUUCCCUUCCCUUGCCGGCAUGCAGAAAGUGGGAAUGAGAUAUUUCAACAUGGACCCCGACAAGACCGUUUUGAAGGCAAUCACCAGCAGCGGCGAACCGUUCAUCCCAUCGCUGAAAUGUACAUUCGAUUUCAACCCAAAUACCCCCGAGCCCACCCUUCGUGAGCUCUACGACUUGAACGCCGCCAAGAUGAAGUACGCCGCCGAGAUACGCGCCGUGUACCUAGACAACAACUUGGACGUCCUGCUUGGACCUGCUUUCCAAAGCUGCGCGGUCUUGCAUGACCUCCUAGAGACACCAUUCUACACCAUCUGGGCCAAUCUUUUGAACUACCCGGCCUCUACCAUCCCAUUGGGUCGUGCCGACAAGGCUGCCGAUGCAGAGUUUGUUAGGCCAGUGAAAUAUAAUCCUCCAUACCAGCCAGAUGAAAUCGAAGGCGCUCCCUGCCACAUCCAACUGGCCACAAGGACCAUGCAGGACGAAAUUCUUCUCCGGCACACUAUCACUGUGGACGAGUCGCUCAGAAAGUAG